GGUCGUAAGGCUGGUGUGUACAUUCUAUGGUAAAGAAUUAUUGACCUGAAACUUUCAUAGUUAUUCCAGAGAGUGGCAGGAACAGCAUAUUUCGAAACAAAAUAUCUUUACGCAUGUGUUGUGGGGUGUAGUUUAUUCAACAGAUUCAAGACUGUGACAGUGUAGCCUACUGAAGUCUUGAAAUUGAAAGCAAAGUGGUUUAGGCUAAACAAGUGGAAAUGGCUUCCAAAUCAGAGGAGGAUUAUUGCUGUCCUGUGUGCUGUGAUAUUUACACGGAUCCUGUCAUCACAUCAUGCAGUCACAGUGUGUGUAAGGCCUGUCUGCAGCAGUUCUGGAAGACCAAAGGAACCAGAGAAUGUCCAGUCUGCAGGAGAAAACUUUCAAAGGAUGCAGCUCCUAACUUUGCUUUGAGAAAUGUGUGUGAGGCGUUCCUAAAGGAGAGGAGUCAGAGAGCUUCAUCAGAGUCUGAGGUGCUCUGCAGUCUGCACAGUGAGAAACUCAAGCUCUUCUGUCUGGAGGAUAAACAGCCUGUGUGUCUGGUGUGCCGAGACUCCAAACAGCACACUGGUCACAAGUUCAGUCCUGUCAAUGAAGCAGCACUUGAUCGCAAGGAGGAACUGAAGAUGGCACUGCAACCCUUAAAGAUGAAACUAGAUGCCUUUAACAAGGCUAAACUCACCUGUGACAAAACAUCACAACACAUCCAGACUCAGGUUCUCAACACAGAGACACAGAUCAAGCAGGAGUUUGAGAAGCUUCACCAGUUUCUACGAGAUGAAGAGGCAGCCAGGAUAUCUGCACUGAGGGAGGAAGAGGAGCAGAAGAGUCAGAUGAUGAAGGAGAAGAUUGAGAAGAUGAGCAGAGAGAUCUCAUCUCUUUCAGACACAAUCAGAGCCAUAGAGGAGGAGAUGGAAGCUGAUGAUGUCACAUUCCUGCAGGUAAGUCCUGAAUGUUAUUCCAGAGCACAGUGCACACUGCAGGAUCCAGAGAGGCUUUCAGGAGCUCUGAUCAAUGUGGCAAAGCACCUGGGCAACCUGAAGUUCAGAGUCUGGGAGAAGAUGAAGGACUUGGUUCAAUACACUCCUGUCACUCUGGAUCCCAACACUGCAUGUGAUAUUCUCAUCCUGUCUGAGGAUCUGAACAGUGUGAGACGUGGUGGUGAGAUACAGCAGCUUCCUGAUAAUCCAGAGAGAUUUGAUAACGUUGUCCGUGUGCUGGGCUCUGAGGGCUUUAACUCAGGGACACACUGCUGGGAUGUGGAGGUUGGGGAGAGUAAUAAAUGGGGCCUGGGUGUGAUGACAGAGUCUCUCCAGAGGAAGGGAGACAUCACCCAUAUGAGUGGCCAGUGGGUAGUGUGUUGUGCUGGUGGUACAUAUGUUGCAGGGGCUCCACCUCAUGAGGGUCAUGACCUCAUAUUGCAGCAGAGACCCCAGAGGAUCAGAGUGCAGCUGGACUGGGACAGAGGAAAGCUGACAUUCUCUGACCCUGAUCAUAACACACACCUACACACUUUCACACACACCUUCACUGACAGAGUGUUUCCAUUCUUUGAGCUUUUCCCAAACACCUUUUUCAGGAUCCUACCAGUGAAAUGCUGUAUCAGUCUGAAUCCUCACAGUUAGAGAUUAUUUAGCCUCAGUGUUACCAUGGAUGACUACAACACAGAACACUGAUAGUAGAACAUUUUCAAUUUUGAGGCCCUCCCAUGAUGUAUAAAUGCAGGAAAACGAAUGCUGUAAUGCAAGGAUGAGGCCCCUGAUUGGACAAGGCCCUGGGUAAUUGCCUGACCUUGCUUGAUGCAAACACCGCCUAUGAACUUCUAUAACUAGAAAUGAAUUAUAUUAAUGAUAUAAUAUGUGAAGACUAACCGUAAGUGUAGUGAUGAGUUUCAUUUAAAUCACAGCUUCAUUUGAGUGAAAUGAAAUCAUAGGACAGUGGUCAUAAAACCACAAGCGUCACCUAACAAAGGGCUGGGGAGAAGGCCUGUGCCCACCCACUUGUUGAGCCCACCCAAUCAGAAGAUUGUUUUGAUUGAUUGACAGCUUUAAUAAGUGACUCACUGUGUAUGUUUUGGUUUAGGUUACCUGUUUUAUUCUUGUCCCCCCAUGUUAUGAUAUCUGGCUCAUACCUGGUCUAUGCCAUCUAUUAGUUAAGAAUUACAUCUUCAGGUACACAGAAGCACACUCAAAAUGAAAACAAGAUUUCUGUCACAGCUUCCAUUGAGGGAACAUAUGACUAUAAA